AUGGCAAGAGGAAUUCUCUGUGCCCUAGCGCUGCUGCUGGCCCUGCCGUGCAGCCCUGGGCAGGCAGGGGAGUACUGCCACGGCUGGGCUGGCAGCCUCCAGCGCUGGCACCGUGGCUUCCAGUGCCCCGAGCGCUACGACAGCCCGGAGGCCACUCUGUGCUGUGGGACCUGCAGCUUGCGCUACUGCUGCUCAUCCAGAGAGGCCCGUCUGGACCAGGGCCGGUGCCCUGGUGACCACCAGCAGCCCAGCCCCAGGCCUCCAGUGCCAGUGCCCGUGUACCUGCCGUUCCUUCUCGUUGGGUCUGUAUUUGUGGCAUUUGUUGUCGGGGGUGCCUGUGUUGGAAUUUGCUGCUGCAAAUGCUUAAAAUCCCAGGAUGAGGAGCAGCAAAGUGGACUUGCACCCGGCCAGACUUGGCUACUAGAACCUGAUCUUCCUUCUCGCCUCUCCAGUUCCAGUUCUGCCACCAGAAGCUCGCUGAGUAGUGGUCCUCAGACCAGCAACAUCUGCAUGACUCUAGCUCCAUCCCUUCCUAUUAUUGGGUUGGCUGAAGAUGCUCAGUUCUUAAGUCCUCCACGCACUGGACCACUCUUGCACCCUUCACGCACUAACCACAGAAUACCAACUGAUCACACCGCAAUAAUGGCUCCAGCAUCUUUCCUUAAAAGAACAAUUUAUGGACACAGUGCUAACGCAUCCCCUCUUGGGGUAACACAGGGCGACCAAAUGAUGUACUCGGGAGUCCAUGUCUGA